AAGAAAAGGCCAAAUUUCUAUUUGUGUUCCUUGGCCUCUGUUCCUGGUUUAACAUGCAGUGAAUUGCCAGCCCGUGAACGAUCUCGCUUUCGCGUUGUCUGUUCUCGUCUCGGUACCAUCCGUCCCUAGGCUUCCACCCCAAACCUUUUCACCCUUUCUCAGCUAUGAUUUACUCUAUCAGUCCUCUUCUAUCUUGCCUUUUCCAUCACUAGGUUGCCCUCUCUACCUCAAAUUCCAAGCUAGAAUCGUUACACUGUGAAGCAGAGGCGCAAUGAGGUGCAACGCAUGGUUUUGGAUCGUGGCCGUGCUUCACCUCCGCCAUUUCGUCCUCUCCGAUUUCGCAACGCCUCCGUUGCCGGUGCUGCCCAUUCCGUCGGAAUCGCAGCUCAAGUGGCACCGACGCGAGCUCAUCAUGUUCUUCCACUUCGGCAUGAACACCUUCACCGACUCCGAGUGGGGCACCGGGGAGGAGAGCCCCUCGCUCUUCGACCCGGCCAAUUUGAACGCCGGGCAAUGGAUGGACGCAGCGGAGGCCGUCGGUGCCUCGCUGGUCAUACUCACAGCCAAACACCACGACGGAUUCUGCCUGUGGCCGUCGCGGUACACUGACCACUCGGUGGAAAAGAGCCCGUGGAAGGGAGGCAAAGGAGACGUUGUCCGGGAAUUUGUUAACGCCGCCAGUGCGAGGAGGAUCGACGUCGGCCUGUAUCUCUCGCCGUGGGAUCGCCAUGAGAAGACCUACGGUCAGGAAGUGGAGUACAACGAGUUUUACAUGGCCCAGCUCCAUGAAUUGCUCGCCAAAUACGGGAGCAUAUCGGAGAUAUGGUUCGACGGCGCGAAGGGGGCAAACGCGACUAAGAUGAACUACUACUUCAAGAACUGGUUCGAAACGGUGAAGCAGUUGCAGAGCUCUAUCAAUAUCUUCUCCGAUGCAGGGCCCGAUGUACGUUGGGUGGGAGACGAGAUGGGAGCCGCCGGAGCCACCUGCUGGUCCACCGUCAAUCGCACUUUGCUCAGGAUCGGAGAUGCGAGUCUUGAAAGCUACUUGAACACUGGCGAUCCACACGGCACGGACUGGGUGCCGCCGGAGUGCGACGUGUCAAUCCGGCCCGGGUGGUUCUGGCACAAGAACCAGACGGCCAAAUCGGUGAGUCAGCUCUUGAACAUCUACUAUAAUUCCGUGGGGCGUAACUGCGUUCUUCUGCUCAACGUACCACCGAACCGCACCGGGCUUGUCUCUAGCGACGACACGCAGCGGCUGAAGGACUUCCGCAAGGCGAUCACUAGUAUCUUCUCGGCCGACCUUGCAGCCGGAAGCAAGGCGAAAGCCAGCAGCGAGAGGGGCGGUCGGGACGGCGGAUUUGCAGCCUCCAACGUGCUUGACAGCGACUACCAGACCUACUGGGCUGCCGCCGGGGACGAGCAGAAGCACGGGCACUGGAUCGAGCUCGCGCUGCCGAAGGCCAACACGAGCUUCAACUUGGUGAGGGUCCAGGAAGCGAUAGCGUUGGGACAGAGAAUCAUGGAGCACGAGGUGUACGCGGACAAGAAGCUGGUGGCGAAGGGGACGACGGUGGGGUACAAGCGGCUCCAUCGGCUGAGGGAGGCGGUGACGGCGGCGCGGGUGAAAAUUCGGAUCACCAAGUCGCGUGGGCCUCCGCUGCUGACAGCUAUGGGCCUGCAUUACGAUCGCUUUACUAAAUGCAGCGUUGAAUUUAAUAAAGUAUAAAGCAUACCAUUGAAGCACAAACACUCUCCCCUUAUCUUCCUCUUUAAAUUCGAAGCCUGAUUACCAGCUUCGACAAUGUGAUUAUAAUUGAGCACUACCUUUAAUCCUGUUUAAUUAUAUUUGAAAGC